AUGAACUCAUCCUCCACACUAGACCUGUCCGAUCCAAACUUCUCCUGGGAAGAAGACAGAAGGUUCAUCCUACGGGGCUGGUCCCUCGUCUUCAGCAUCCUCGCGACCCUGAUGCUGCUCAGCGUGGUGGAUGGGCGUAUGGCCUUCCUGGUGGGUUCCUACAAUGGCUACGUGGGCUUCUGGACUAACUGCAAGAAAUACAAGUGCGCCAACCUGGGCGAAGUUACAGUUCUCAUCCACAUGAGCAUGGGCUUCACGACGCUGGCCCUGGCCCUGAGUUUCAUCCUUCUGGCCAGCAUGGGCCUCUCCUUCCAGCCAGUCUUCCGCCGCCUCAACAAGCUUGACCUUGCCUUCAGUUUCCUCAGCUGCAGCAUUGGGCUCCUGACUGUCCUCAGCAUGACGCUCUUCGCGGUUAACUGCCAGGCGCUGAAGCCGAAGCCGCUCAUAUCCUACCUGCUUACCACCUACCUCUCCGGGGGCGGCGGCCUGAUGAUGCUGUGGGNGGGGAGUGCCUCCUCCGCAGGCGCCCUGAACUACUUAAACCACUUGGGCUUGUGGAGCCAGGGGUCGUCGGUCUCCUGGGACCGGCGGGUGAGCUAUCGCCGGUGGGUCAGACAGCAGUCCGUCGCAGACCCCAAGCUAGCCCUGGGCCGGGCCAAAUCUUCCCGGUUCCAGGGGACCCCCUCCAAGCCUCUCUGA